CAGAACGGUUCAGCUCCUCGUCCAACUAGUGUCAGACCCGCUGUCCUCCUUUCCUGUCUGUCUGUCUGUCCUCUCUGUCGUCCUCUCUGUCCACCUGCCGUCCUCCUCUCCUGUCUGUCUGUCUGUCUGUCCUCCUGUCUGUCUGUCCUCGUCCCUGUCCUCCUUCCUAUCCUCAACUCUGUCCUCCUCUCCUGUCUGUCUGUCCUCCUGUCUGUCUGUCAUCCUGUCUUUCCUCGUUUUUGGAGCCCACCAUACGCGCGCUCUCUGGGGCCCUCGGACAUCCGGAAGCAGAGCGCGCGGCGCGCCCCGGAGCGCGUCAGUAGGAGGUCGGUCGGUGACACCGGGCGGUUGUACCGAGAGGUUGUACAGGAGAAACGAACAGGUUUGACGAGAUCGGCUUUUUUCUUUACUUGGUCAAAGUUCCUGCGCACGGGACCUGAGGAUGGAAUAGAGCCGUGAGGACCAUGCCGCUGGCCCGCUCUGGGUGAGGAGAAGAUGGAGGAGCUGCUCGUGCCUCCGGGACCGGACAGUUUCCGUGCGUUCCGCUCCGAGUCUCUUCAAGCCAUCGAGCGGCGGAUCGCCGAAGUGAGCAAGAAGAAGCCGAAGGGCGAGAAGAGGCGGCGAGUGGAGGAGGAUGGGCCCAAACCCAGCAGUGACCUGGAGGCGGACAGCUGCCUGCCCAUCAUCUACGGGGACAUCCCCAAAGGCUUGGUGUCCACGCCCCUGGAGGACAUGGACCCCUACUACCGCAACAAGAAGACCUUCAUCGUGUUGAACCGAGGGAAGGUGAUCUUCCGCUUCAAUGCUACGUCCUCCCUCUACCUGCUGAGCCCCUUCAACCUGCUCCGGAGGAUAUCCAUCAAGAUCCUGGUCCACUCAUUGUUUACCAGGUUGAUCAUGUUGACCAUCAUCACAAACUGUGGCUUCAUGACCCAGAACAAGCCCUCUGACUGGGCCAAGUACAUGGAGUACACAUUUACUGGCAUCUAUACGUUUGAAUCCCUGGUGAAGAUCUUCGCUCGAGGCUUCUGUGUCGGGGAGUUCACCUUCCUCAGGGACCCCUGGAACUGGCUGGACUUCAGCGUGAUCACCAUGGCGUAUGUUACUGAGUUUGUAAACCUAGGCAGUGUGUCAGCUCUUCGCACAUUCAGAGUGCUGAGAACUUUAAAAACUAUUUCAGUUAUCCCAGGGCUGAAGACCAUCGUGGGCGCCCUGCUGCAGUCGGUGAAGAAGCUGUCAGACGUCAUGAUCCUCACGGUCUUCUGCCUGAGUGUGUUCGCCCUCAUAGGGUUACAGCUCUUCAUGGGACACUUGAAACAGAAGUGCAUAUUGAUACCGGACAACGCCACCGUCCAAAGCGAGACCUUUAACUGGACCGAGUACCAUCUGAACGAAUCGCAUUAUUACUUCCUCCCCGACGCUAAGGACCCUCUUCUCUGUGGAAACGGCUCGUCGGUCGGGCAUUGCCCCGAAGGCUUUGUGUGCAUCCGAUUCGGCAGGAACCCAAACUAUGGCUACACCAGCUUUGACUCCUUCGCCUGGGCCUUCCUGUCUCUGUUCAGACUAAUGACUCAGGACUACUGGGAGCUGCUCUACCAGCAGACACUCCGGACAGCUGGGAAACCCUACAUGAUCUUUUUUGUCCUGGUCAUAUUCCUGGGCUCCUUCUACCUCAUCAACCUGAUCCUGGCUGUGGUAGCCAUGGCCUACGAUGAGCAGAACCAGGCCACCAUCCAAGAGGCUCUGGAGAAAGAGGAGAAGUACCAGGCUAUGCUAGAACAGAUAAGAAAGAAGGAAGAAGAUGCUCAGACAGCAGCGGGGGGUGGUGCGGGGGAGACGGGUGAGGCAGGGGACAGAGGGGGAGUCACGGAGAGCUCCUCCAACGCCUCUAAACUCAGCUCCAAAAGUGCCAAGGAGAGACGCAACAGACGCAAGAAGAGGAAGGAAGACGACGGUAGAGAAACGCUACCCAGAUCAGCGUCAGAAGACAGUAUGAAGAAGAUCCGCUUCCAGCUAUCCAAGGAUCCCGACCUUCACAUCUACGACUUGAACUGCUCAUCUGCCCCUCAGGGUGACACAAUGGAAACAGAAUACAGGACAGGAAGACUGAAUUCGUACCCAGAGUCUGUGGACUACAUGGAAGGCCCAAAGGCCAGACAGCGAGCCCUCAGUGUGGCUAGUGUUCUGACCAACACCAUGGACGAAGAGUCAAGGCAGUUGGCACGCUGGUACCAGUUUGCAGAAACCUACCUAAUCUGGGAAUGUUGUCCCGCUUGGAUAAAGAUGAAGACAAUAGUCAGGCUGGUGGUCAUGGACCCCUUUGUAGACUUGGGGAUCACCAUAUGUAUCGUAGUGAACACACUGUUCAUGGCCAUCGAACAUCACCCCAUGAGCAAGGGCUUCUCAGAUAUGCUCUCUGUAGGGAACCAGGUGUUUACUGGGAUAUUCACAGCUGAAAUGGUGGUGAAGAUCAUAGCCUUGGACCCCUACUAUUAUUUCCAGCAGAGCUGGAAUAUUUUUGACAGCGUCAUUGUCAGUUUGAGCUUGAUGGAGCUCGGAUUGGCCCAGCUUCCUGGAAUGUCUGUUCUUAGGUCAUUCCGAUUGCUGAGGGUAUUCAAGCUGGCAAAGUCCUGGCCUACCCUCAACAUGCUGAUAAAAAUCAUUGGCAACUCCGUGGGGGCCUUGGGCAACCUCACACUGGUGUUAGCCAUCAUCGUCUUCAUCUUCGCAGUGGUGGGCAUGCAGCUCUUUGGAAAGAACUACAUGGACUGCGUGUGCAAGAUCAACAAGGACUGUAAGCUGCCGCGCUGGCACAUGAACGACUUCUUCCACUCGUUCCUCAUCGUGUUCCGCGUGCUCUGCGGCGAGUGGAUCGAGACCAUGUGGGACUGCAUGGAGGUGGCGGGCCAGCGCAUGUGCCUGGUGGUCUUCAUGAUGGUCAUGGUGAUAGGUAACCUGGUGGUGCUGAACCUCUUCCUGGCUCUGCUGCUGAGCUCCUUCAGCGCAGACAAUCUGGCGGGAAACGACGAGGACAGCGAGAUGAACAACCUGCAGGUAGCCAUCGGACGGAUCCAGAACGGGGUCGCUUGCACCAAGUCCUUCCUGUGCCGCACCUUCUGCCGAAUGUCCCUCCACAAGAAACGGAAGAAGAAGAUGAUGGGAGUGGACGGGCUCCCCAACAUCAAGGACUUCCCCAACAGCAACGGGGACAUCACCGGGGUGGAUAAGAACGGAGACAAGUACAUCGUCAACAGCAUGAGCGAAGGCUCCUUCAUCCACAACCCCGCCCUCACCGUGGUGGUACCCAUCGCUGUGGCCGAGUCCGACUUCGAACACCUGUACACGGACGACAUUAGCAGUGAUUCCUUUGAGUUGGAAGACGACAAAGCGGCCUCAGACGAGGAGGAGCAGAGCUCGUCGGAGGGCAGCACGGUGGACCUUGGGGGCCCGAGGGACGGGGCCGGCUCCCUGGAGCUGGAGUUUGAGGAGGAGGAGCCCGAGGCCUGCUUCACGGAUGGGUGCAUCAGGAGGUUCCCUUGCUGCCAGGUGGCAGUGGAGUCCGGGCUCUGGAGGAUGUGGUGGACGCUGAGGAAGACCUGCUUCCGCAUCGUGGAGCACAACUGGUUUGAGAGCUUCAUCAUCUUCAUGAUCCUGCUGAGCAGCGGGGCGCUGGCCUUUGAAGAUGCCUACAUUGAGCAGAAAAAAACAAUCAAGGUUGUGCUGGAGUUUGCAGAUAAAAUCUUCACCUACAUCUUCAUCUUGGAGAUGUUGUUGAAGUGGGUGGCGUACGGCUUCGCUAAAUACUUCACCAACGCCUGGUGCUGGCUGGACUUCCUCAUCGUGGACGUCUCUCUGGUCAGCCUGGCAGCCAACGCCAUGGGGGCCUCUGACAUCGCUGCCAUCAAGUCCCUGCGGACGCUGAGGGCCCUUAGGCCCCUGAGGGCCCUGUCGCGCUUCGAGGGCAUGAGGGUGGUGGUGAACGCCCUGCUGGGGGCCAUCCCCUCCAUCUUCAACGUACUGCUGGUGUGUCUGAUCUUCUGGCUGAUCUUCAGCAUCAUGGGCGUCAACAUGUUCGCUGGGAGGUUCGGCCAAUGCACCAACACCAGCAGCGGCCUCCCCUUCCCCAUCGACGUGGUCAACAACCAGUCGCAGUGCAUCAAAUGCUCCAACGCCGUCUGGACAUACGCUAAGAUCAACUUUGACCACGUGGGAGCCGGCUACCUGGCUCUGCUGCAAGUGGCGACCUUCAAAGGCUGGAUGGAUAUCAUGUAUGCGGCGGUGGACUCCCGCGGGCAAGAUGAGCAACCCGUUUACGAGAUCAACCUGAAGAUGUAUCUUUUCUUCGUGAUCUUCAUCAUAUUCGGAGCGUUUUUCACACUCAACCUUUUCAUCGGCGUCAUCAUUGACAAUUUCAAUCAGCAAAAGAAAAAGUUUGGGGGUCAGGACAUCUUCAUGACGGAGGAGCAGAAGAAAUACUACAACGCCAUGAAGAAGCUGGGCUCCAAGAAGCCCCAGAAGCCCAUCCCAAGGCCAUCGAACAAGCUCCAAGGAUUAGUCUUUGACUUGACGACCAAGCAAGCCUUUGACAUUCUGAUCAUGGUGCUGAUCUGCCUGAACAUGAUCACCAUGAUGGUGGAGACAGAAGAUCAAAGCCAACAGAAGAUCGCCGUCCUCCACUGGAUCAACGUGUUCUUCAUCAUCAUCUUCGCGGCCGAGUGCGUGCUGAAGAUGCUGGCGCUUCGCCACCACUACUUCACCGUGGGCUGGAACGUCUUCGACUUCAUCGUGGUCGCCCUGUCCAUCGUUGGCAUGUUCCUGUCAAAAAUUAUCGAGGACUAUUUUGUUUCACCGACUUUGUUCCGAGUCAUUCGAUUGGCUCGGAUUGGCCGCAUCCUCCGCCUCAUCAAAGGCGCCAAGGGGAUCCGCACGCUGCUGUUCGCUCUGAUGAUGUCACUUCCAGCUCUGUUCAACAUCGGCCUCCUCCUCUUCCUCGUCAUGUUCAUCUACGCCAUCUUCGGCAUGUCCAACUUCGCCUACGUCAAGAAGGAGAAGGGCAUCGACGACAUGUUCAACUUCGAGACGUUCGGCAACAGCAUGAUCUGCCUGUUCCAGAUCACCACGUCGGCGGGCUGGGACAUGCUCCUGGCACCGCUGCUCAACAAGGUGCCCGACUGCGACCGGCAAAAGGAGCACCCGGGCAGCGCCCAGACGGGCGACUGCGGGAACAUCUUCGUGGCCGUCACCUUCUUCGUCAGCUACAUCAUCAUCUGCUUCCUCAUCGUGGUCAACAUGUACAUCGCCGUCAUCCUGGAGAACUUCGGCGUGGCAACGGAGGAGAGCACCGAGCCGCUGAGCGAGGACGACUUCGAGGUGUUCUACGAGGUGUGGGAGCGCUUCGACCCGCAGGCCACCCAGUUCAUGGAGUACAACAAGCUGUCGGACUUCGCCGACUCCCUGGACCCCCCGCUGCGCAUCGCCAAGCCCAACAAGAUCCAGCUGAUCUCCAUGGACAUGCCCAUGGUCAGCAGCGAGCGCAUCCACUGCCUGGACAUCCUGUUCGCCUUCACCAAGCGCGUGCUGGGCGAGGGCGGGGAGAUGGACAUGUUGAGAGGGCAGAUGGAGGAACGCUUCAUGGCCUCCAACCCCUCCAAGAUGUCCUACGAACCAAUCACGUCCACCCUUCGUCGCAAACAGGAAGAGAUGUCAGCCGUGGUGAUUCAGAGAGCAUACCGGCAGCACUUGGAGAGCCAGACUCCCCUCAACACUCCCCCCUACCCCCUCGACCGCGGGGACCAUGAGGAAACCGCCGUCAUGGACAAGGAGAGAAUUAUUACAGAUUACAAAUGCAAUGACGAUUGCGUGAUGGAUAAAAAUGACACAAAGCCCUCGGCUAUCUCACCGAUCCCACAUAACAGCUCGACCGUGGAGCUGGACAAAGACAAAUAUGAAAAAGACAAAAGUGAAAAGGAGGUUGUGGGGAAGGAUGUGGAGGCGCAGGGAAAGUAAAUCAUUUGUGUGAUGACCUAUUGUUUACAUCCUCCGUAGGUGAUGAGUGAUCCACUGGACUUCCUUAUCGAGUAAAGAUCUGGACGCCAAAUGGCAUCUUGUAACCCAACUCACGGUCCAGAAUCAGUUCUGAGUUAAGAGCAGUUCAGCUCCUGAUUAUAACUGCAGGCCGUGCCCAUAUUGGGGCAUUUUUUUAAAUUUGAUUCCAUAUUAAAAUAUUGUGCUGCAAUUCAGUGUCUGGAAUAAUUUUAAUAUCGGUUGGAUUACUGAGUUGAAAAAAUAUUUCAUUUAAAAUUGUCUGGAUCAUUUGGUUUGUUUUGGUUUUUUUAUUAAAUGUGAUAAAUGCUUCCUUUGAGGAAGAUCUUGCUUCAUACAGUAAAGGUUUAAGUCUUGUUGAUAUACAUCCAGUUUUAAUGAUUUAAGUAUUCCAAAUAUUGGUAAAAUCCAGAGGACAGGAAAUAUACACUUGCAUGAACACUCUUCCAUGAUUAUGCUUAGGUUUAGGAUCAACAUGGUUAUUCCAAGAUUCAUAAGCCAUCAUAUAUCUGUCAUGCUUAGAUUUAAAAGCAUGUUUCUCCAUCAUGUAAAAAAGUAAAAACUGUAAUCUGUAAUUGGCUUUUUUCUUUUUUUUUCAUCAAAAUAAUUGCACAUAAUUUUCUAUGAAUGUCAUUAUAUGGUAACUGCUGGAACAUUGGGCUACUUUUGUGUUAUUCCCUGAGCUCUUUCUAUUUAUCAAAGCGUUUAAUGUCAUUAAGUGGUAGCUGCUGCACAUUGGGCUGAUAUUGUGUUAGGACCUGAGAUAUUUGGAUUGAUCAAAGCUGCAUCUGUAAUCGGUCACAGAAGACCGUAUCUCUACACGGAGAUUGAACCCUCCGAAGUACAGUUUAAAUAUCUAUGCACCUUUUCCAAUGAGACACUUCAGGUUUUUUCUCUUUUUAUUUAAUGCUUCAACACUUUGGACACAUUUUGAAGUAGGAUAUUCAUGUAUCAGUAAAAUGUAUGCAUUGCUUAUUGUGUGUGGUAUGAAAUGCAUAUAAUUAAUAAUCUGUUGUGUUACUGACAUACAAGGAUGUCAUACUGAUGUAACUGAGCUCCAAGUGGGCCUGAGUGUAAUAUACCCAUGCCAAUAUUGAUACUGUUAUAUGAAUGAAACAUGUUCAGUGGAUAUAUCCUUGCGUUGAAUAGCUGACUACUGUGUUACUUCAUAUUGCAAUGAUGUCUAAAGCAUAGAAGCCAGCAAGAGCCCCAAACAAACAUAACAACAAAUACAAGAACAACAAGGGUUUUUGGGGCGAUUGGACUCUGAAUGUGUUUCUAAAUAACACUAACACUACACUCACUAUGAAGGAGAUCCCUCUAUAUUUUUAUAGUGGUUCAUACGUGAAAUCAUCCUGUUGCAUGAUAUCGUCCUGUUUAGGUAACGUGCUGAUUCCACAUUUGAUUCACAUGUCAAAACGUUGCAUAGAAUUAUAGUUAAUUACACAUUACAUUUGAAAGUUUUCAUUACAUUGAAUUUAGGGUUAUUGCUUGCCAUAUAUCCGGUAAACGCAUGCAAAAUAUUGCUACCAUAAUGAUAAUUUAAUAAUGAUAUAAUAUAUAAUAAUAUAUAUAAUAUAUCACUGAAAAGCCGAAAUAAUAAAGAUGACA